AAACACGAACAAAAUGUAAACAUGAAAUUUCAACGUGGUGCUUCUCGAAUCGUCGUGUAGUCUUUGCUAAUAUUAGCCUGAACAGGUCUGUGAUGGGCUCAUCUUUACUUCCGGUUGCUCAGCAGCUUUUGAAAGACAUUCAGCGAGCCUACACAGAGACAAACCAGAUCCCAGAUGACCUACUAAUAGCGUUGCGGUUUGUGUUUGGCUCCUGUGCUCUGCAGGCACUGGACUUGGUGGACCAGCGCUCUGUCACAUGUGUGUCCUCACCCAGCGGUCGAAAGGCUUUUCAGGUAUUAGGCGGAUCAGGCCGACUGUACACUUGCUUCACGUCCUGUCAGUAUUGCCCGUGCCCCGCCUUUUCUUUCUCUGUGCUCAGGAGAAACGAGAGUCUGAUGUGUAAGCACCUCCUGGCUGCCUGCCUGAGUCAGGCCAUGGGUUUGUGCCAACAAGAGCAGGUCUCAGAUCAGCAGAUGACCCACAUUCUCUCAGGGCAAACUGAGGCCAGCACAUAAAUAGCUGAUCCUGGAAUAGAGUGGUACUCCAGACUUGAUUAAAGAGCUGUUGGAAAGUUUGUGCAGGAAUUCAUAUAUUUAUAGUGAUUAUGGAUUUUUGCUCAAAAUACCAAGACUCACUUAGAGCAAUGAACUCAUUUAUUUGCAUGUGAUGAUAUAACCAUUUGGGAAAUUGUUGUGUGUUUAAAUUUGAUUAAGGUGAUGAAAAUUAAGGUGAUGAAAAUUGUAACAUGUAAAAAAGAUUCUGGCCAAAUAAUAAAUAAGCAAAGUUCUA